AUGUCUAUGGUUGAAAGUCUGCCACAAGGAACACAUUACAUACAUGAACUUAUACCAGAAGUUAAAAUAUUUUAUAAACUUAAUAGUUUACUAAUUAAUAUGUCAAUAAGAAAUAAUGCGGAACAAGAUUUAAUUGUUGUCGCAGCUGAAUAUAAUAAUCAAAAACGCUAUUUUUUAAGUCUUACUUUUGACGAAUUAUCAAAGUUGUUGCAUUUUCUAAAACCAUCUCAACGUACAUUAUAUGAAGUUCUUUGUAAAAAUAAAUCUUAGCAAGAUGGUUCUUAUCAAUGGGUAUUUGAUCUCCAUGUUUAUAAUAAAAAUCAACAAUUCAGAUUAUACAAAGCAACAAAAUUCGGAAAAAAUAACCCAUUAUUACCCAUAUCUCAUUUUCCUUCCAAUGAAAAUAAUGUACACCAUCAUAUGAUUACAAAUACUAAUGUACAUCAUAAUUCUGUUCUUCAUCAUGCUCUAAUCUCUUAUUCAAGCAAUAGUAUCGAUAUUAUGAUCAUUUCAUAUAAUCAAGACCGAUGGUCAAUAUCGAACCAAAACAAAAAUUAUACAAUUGACUUAUCUACGACAGACUAUUUUAAAUCUUUAACUUCAUCAAACACAACAAUAUUAGUCAACAAUCAAGCACAUACAACUACAUUAAUAACAUCAACUGGACUAUUAAAUCAACAAGACCUUUUCACAAAUUUUGUAUCAAGUAUCAUCUCACAAGAAUAUUCCACAAACGGACACAUACAAUCCUGUCAACAAGGCACGAAAAAUCAAUCAUUACUCUUUUACAACAUCUGUGGUUCAUUUCGAUUUUGUGAAAGAUUACAACGUCAUCACAAAUCCAAUCAAACCUGUAUUAUUAUUGAUACUGUCACAUAUAAAUACCAGAUUAAGUGUAAAGAUCCAGAUUGCAGAGAUUUCAAACCACCAUGGAGAGAUAUACCUCUUGCACAGAAUAACCUCAAAUAA